AGUUGAAGCUGAGAAGCAGCAUUCCAUUUCAUUGUGCAUUCCAUGCUCUUGCUUGAUUUCAAGAAGAACAGAGGAAAAUUCAAGCAGUGCUGAAAUGUUGAAGGAUAAGAAUUAUAAUAAAUUCAAGAACGUUCAAGCAGAUCCUGAUGAGGUUUGUAUUGAUCCUCUCUAUAGAACUUUUCUUGAAAAUGUUAAGGAAGAUGGGAACUCAUAUGUGUUCGAGAUGAAGGAUGGCGAUCACAGUUUUCCUGCUUUUGUCAAAUAUGAAAAAGAAUAUGCAGAAUCUGCUAAGAUCAAAUUGGAAUCUGAUAUACAUUUUAAGGAGAAAGGAAUAUAUGGGAAUGAAAAAGGACCAACAAGUAAAAGAAACUGUCUAAAGUCGAGUAAGCGAAGUUGUAGUUCUUCUGAUCCGAAAAGCCAACUUGAAAUUGGAAAGCCUUUGGUGGAUGAAUGUCUCCAGACAUUUGUAGACCAUUCCAAUUUUGGUGAUAAAUCAAAUUUUCCAGAAUACAAACCCUCUAGGGCCAUCAGAUAUGAAGCAAAAAAAGAAACAUUAGUUGCAUCAACAAGACCAUCGACCAAAGCUGCUCGUAAUCAUCAACAUGGAAAGACCUACAGGAAGGACUACAAGCCAGAUGACUUCAAAAGAAAGCUUAUGAUUGUCCUCAAUAAACCAUAUAAUCACAAUGAACACCAAAUACUAUUGAGGGAGGCAGCUGAACGCAAACCAUUGUGCAAAGUGAAAAACCUGCGUAGUAUAACCAUAUCAUAUGCAACAGAGCAAUUGUCCAACUCAUAUCUUGAUUAUUAUCCAGAUCUUGCAAAGCAAAUUGAAUCUGCUAAUUCUGAGAAGGCAUUGAUCCUCCUCCGUGGGUUUUUCUUCUGGUUAAAGAACUUGUGUCAUGAAGGAGCAUACAGACCCUGGUCUCAUCACUCUUGAUUCUUCGGUUGUGAGAAAGUGACCUUCAACUACUUCAGGUCAGCACUACUGCACAAGUGAACAAUGAAAAUGAAAUCCUCGGUGAUGGUCAUAUAGUUGUCUUCAUUUGUUGUGAAAUGUUGCUGAGUUAAUGUCAAAGCUUUUCAGUCAUCAUUGUGUGAGUUCAUCAUUCUCAGUUUGUCUAAAUACGAUCACAUUGUGCCUCGUAAAUUUUGUGGCUUCUGAGCUACUUUGAUGACUUGCCAUCAUUUAAUUUUGAGAACUCUCCAUUCAU